AUGGAGCAGGCCGCAGGAGAAAGUGUUGUUGAUAGGGAUGUGUCUGUGUCAAUCAUUGCUGGAAAUGAAAAGAACUUUUUCACAAUUGGUGCUGAUAGAACUACUGUCCAACUUCAGCAUGCUGCAGAUCUUGCUGCAGACAGUGGCACUUCCUACCCUCUCAUUCUGCAAGUAAAAGAUGAAGGCCGCUCAUCUAAAACAGGCACAGCAGCAGUCAGUGUUAUAGUUGUACGCAAUCUGUACAGCCCAGUCUGCAGCACUGCAAAUCCAGAUAUUGUCAUCAACUUUGACACAUCACCAGGGAAAGACAUUGGGUUUUUCAAUGCCACAGAUCAAGAUCCAAAUCAGACAGUACACUAUGUGUUGACUGGAACCUCACAAGCAAUGGAAUAUUGCUCUGUCGACUCAGCAGGAGUUAUCAGACUGAAGAAAGCCAUUGCUCCAAAGAGUGGACUCACCUUCCAGAUCAUUGUCACUGCUGUUGAUGAUGGCUUCCCCAGCAAAUCCACAUCUUGCUCCAAGAGAAUUGCUAUCAACUAUGACUCUGCAGACCUGAUUUUCACCGUGGCUGGUAUGACAGUAACAUUCAGUGAAAACAACCAACCUGCUCCUGUCACAGAUGUAGACACACAACCAAACGACAAUGUGGCAUUCACUCUGACUGGCCAGCCCAGUGAUCAAGAUUGGUUCAGUAUUAAUAGCAGCUCAGGACAGAUAUAUGUGGCAAAGGACGUGCGACAAGAUCCUCUGAAGAGAACACAGUAUCUACUUGUUGUGCAAGCUGUUCGUCAAAUGGAAGUCACACGGCAGUCUGCAAGUGCAACAGUCACGGUCAAUGUCAAUCGCAACCUAAACGCUCCAGUCUUCAUGGGAAACUAUGAAAGGACAUUGGAUGAGAAUUCUCUGUUGGGUACCAGUGUGGUGCAGCUGAUGGCUAAUGACAGUGAUGUUAAUGACAAAAUCACAUAUCGCUAUGUGUCUCCUGAUAAUUUCACGGACUAUUUUUACCUUGGACCAUCCAGUGGUCUCAUUUCCCUGCGAAAAGCACUCACUUCUAUUGGUGUUGAUCGUACCACCUUUGUGGUGGCAGCUGAUGAUAAUGCAGCUGUCAACCCAAAGUCAGCAAGUGCCACUGUGAUUAUCAACAUCACUCGGGACAAGCAGCCUCCAAAUUUUGUAGCAGAUCCCUAUGUGACAACAGUGACCUAUGACAUUCCUGUUGGGACAUCUAUCUAUCAGGCUACAGCUACUGAUCCUGACCUGAUUGGCCCACUGGUCUUUGAAACUGGCUGUGGCUACCAGGCUGCACCAUUUUACUUCAACAUCCAUUCUAAUGGAACCGUGUUCCUCCAGAACCCUCUCAUCUCAGACUCGGCCAUCUCCUAUGUGCUGUGCUUGUCAGUGUAUGAUCGUGCACGCCCAAACAGCCGUGAUUUCACCAACAUUACCAUCAGUGUGGACCGCAACCCUAAUGCAUGCAAAUUUACCACACUGAAUUACAAUGCAACUUUUCUUGAGACUGAGCUGAGUGGUGCAUCAGUCUUUACAGCACAGGCUGCUGAUGCUGACCUAAGGCAAACACUGCGCUACAGUAUUGUGAGUGCCAAUCCUCCAGGUUGUGAUGUUUACUUCUAUCUGAAUGAAUACACAGGCUCAGUCAUGCCUGCACGAUCUCUUCUAAAUUCUGGCUUUGACAUUUGCAGGCUGACAUUUUCGGCAAUGGAUAGUGGCACCCCACCUAAGAGCUGUACCAACCAGGCUAUUGGCACCAUCAACAUAGUCCGCAAUAAGUUUCCUCCUGUUAUUCAGCCGUCACAAUAUGCCACAUACAUUAAUGAGGCUCUUGCUGAUGGAAGUUUGGUCUUUGACCUCAAUGCUACAGAUCAAGAUAGCACUGAUCCCAGUAGCCCUUUUGCAAGCAUCACUUAUAGCUUGAUAGGUGAUGACAACAUUGGAUCCUACUUCCAAGUGGAAUCUAGUACUGGCAUCAUUCGCAAAACUCAGAGUCUCACUGGCCCUGAUAGUAAGGAUGUGUACAUUUCGAUUGAGCGGACAGUGUAUGAAGAUGAUCCUGUCAGCACCAUCAUUGCCACUGUCACUGCUACAGAUGCAGAUCGAGCAGGUCCGCAGAGCACGCUGUCUUUCCUCCUUUCUGGACAGUCUAGUUACUUCCGCCUGCAGCCAGCAGUUUAUAUACAGCAAGGUGUCUACAGUGUUGCCCUGACAUACAAUCAGCCUCUUUAUGUGGAUCCAAAUCGUACAAGCCCCUACAGGUUCAACUUAACAGUGCAAGAUGCAGGCAGUUCCCAGCUCAGCUCCUCAAUCCCAGUCACCAUCUAUGUCAUCCGCAACCUACAGGACCCUGUGUUUUCACAGACAUUGUACACAGCAUCCUUAUCAUAUCUUGCCAAAGUUGGUGACAUCUUAACUACAGUGACCGCAACUGAUGCUGAUACUGAUAGAAAGUACAACACCAGCAGCUUGCGCUACAGCAUCAUUCAGCGUUCUGCAACUCCAUACUUUACCAUUAACGAGAUAACUGGACAGAUCACCUUGGCACAGCAAGUUACAAAUGAUACUGCUACGUCCUACACGAUCACUGUGCAAGCAAAAGAUGGGGGCACACCAUCUCGCGAAGCUUUUGCCUUGGUUUACUUUGGUGUCGAGCGCAACUUGAACACUCCUCGUAUCCUGAUUGUUAACAGUACUGUGACAGUCUUAGAGACUGACCCAGCCCAAGUCUUGUACCAGUUCACUGCUGUUGAUGAUGACUUGCAGAGUCCCUACAAGUCAGUGGUGUUCAGCAUGGUCAACACAGAUAAUGUCACCAGGCAGUAUUUUGAUGUCUACAGCAAUGGCGCUGUCUUCACACGUCAGCAGCUGUCAUCUCUGCCAUCUCCAAAUACCUUUGGGAUUGAAGUUUUAUCGUGUGACCUAGGGCCAAAGCCUCUCUGUAGCAACCAACAUGGUUUGCUGACAGUUAAUGUCAUACGUAACCAUCCACCUUUUUUUGUGGACCUGCCAUAUGACCGUGAUCUGAACACUGGAUUUAGUCCAGGCCAAACAGUGAUGGAUGUCAAUGCUCAAGAUCCUGACAGCUCAACCAUUGUCUACGGACAAUUGAUCUAUUCUAUAAUUGGGGAUGAUGGGAACGAAAAGGCCUUCACCAUCAACCCAAGCACUGGUGUUGUGACUGUGAAUAAUUCUGCAUCAGCAGUCACAGGUGAAUCAUUCCAGCUGCGCAUACAAGUGUGUGACAGAGGCCAGCUGUGUGCUACGACUGUUGCUAAGAUCACAGUGCGCACAAACCAGCAAGCACCAGUCAUUUCACCAAACAGCUACUCCAGAGAAAUCCUUGAGACCUUCCCACUGGGUGAUACCAUCUUUGAUGUUAAUGCCACAGAUGGUGACCUGACACCCCCAAACAACCAGUUCUCAUUUUCACUGCAGCCAAGUGUCAGCAGUAGCUAUUUAGGCUGCUUCUCCAUCAACAGUGAUUCUGGUGUCAUCUACGCCAUUCGUCCUCUCUACAGACCCCCUUGUAAUGAGAGUCAGUACAGGUUUCAAGUUGUGGCAACUGACAAAGGUCGGACACCACUUCUAAGUCUUCCAGCCAGUGUUAGCAUUGAUGUAAUAAAAAACCAGAAUCCCCCAGUGUUUGUGAAUAAACCGUACAACAGAACUGUAAAUGAAAACACUCCAGUAGGAAACACCAUUAUUCGUAUAAGUGCAGUGGAUGUGGACACAAGGGCGCCAUACAACACACUUUCUUUUGCGAAACUGGGAGAUGCUGCAGCUUCGUCAUAUUUCAACAUCAUUCAAGCUGACAACAACAACAUUGACAUUGUUCUUGCCCAGAGCCUCAUCAACUCUGGCCGAGAUGUUUACACGCUGGAGCUGUAUGUUGCUGAUGGUGGCCUGCCCCCACUGUUUGACACAUGUAUAGUGACCUUCACUGCUGUGCGAAAUCUGAGCCCCCCUUCAUUUAGUCCUCUUCAGUAUAACUUUGAGGUGGAUGAGGACCAAGUGUUGGGGAUAUCUGUGGGAAGACUCACUGCUUCUGAUCCUGAUGCACCAAAGCCUGGAAGUGGAGACAUUGUGUACUCUCUUCAAGGUGGCCUUACUCAAGACAGUUACUUUGAUGUUUUGAGCAAUGGCAACGUUGUGGUGGUCAGGGACUUGACACAGGACCCAGUGAAGCGAAACUCUUACACAUUCCUUGCAACAGUUAGAGACUUGGGUAGCCCAUCUCUGGCAGGCACCAACACAGCUACUGUGACAGUGACUACCAACCGCAACAACAAUUGCCCGACCUUCACCAACCUUCCAGCGGAAGUCACUACUAAUGCAACCGAUACAGGUGUCAUAUUCACUGCACAGUCUCGGGAUGCUGAUGUAUGGCCUAAAUUCAAUCGAACAUACUACAGUCUUUAUGGAGAUGGCGCCUUCCAGACUUUCUUCAUUGAUCGAGAUACAGGUGCAAUCACAGUGAAUAAUGGCAUUCGUCAACAAACAGAUCUUGUAUACAAGUUACAAGUCCAGGUGAAUGAUGGUUUCUGCAUCAGCCCUUCACAAGGCACUCUGACCAUUAAAGUUCGGCGUAACAUGUAUGUGCCACGCUGGCCUGCCAGUGGGCCCAAUAUCACUGUGACAGUGUUGGAGACAUGGGACAUUCAGCAGAGUAUUGUUACACUCACAGCUACUGAUGAUGACACUGGGGUUGGUUCACAGUUAACAUACCACUUGGACAACUCUACAGACCAGAAGAUAUCUACCUUGUUCUUCAUCAUGCCAUCAGGACCAGUCUUCCUGCGAAGAUCCUUGGUGGGAGUGCCUGGUGACAUUUUUCAGAUGACAGUAAGGGCAGUUGACGAUGGAGGACUGCAGAGCCAGCCUGGUACACUAACUGUUAUUGUUCAACGAAAUAAUUUCACCCCAGAAAUCCUCAACCUUCCAAACAACAUAACUAUUCAUCAGAAUUUGAGUAAUACCCAAGAAAUUACUCGGUGCACUGCACGUGAUAAUGACACAGUGGUUAACUUCAAAACUGUGAACUUUGGCAUUGUUGGUGAAGGUCUAGCUACUGCAGCCUUGAAAAUUGAAACUUCAACCUGUUCUCUUACCUUGAGAAACACUUUGGGAGCUGAUACCCCAGCAUUUUUCAUUGUAAAGAUUUUAGCCUAUGACUUGGCUGGGGAUGCAACAAGGUCCAGUACUGGCACUUUGACUAUCUUCGUUAACAGUAACCUCAACAGACCUGAAUUCGACCUAAUGAACUAUGAUAAGGUCAUUCUGGAGACGCAACCUGUGGGUGUGCCUUUUGAUACAGUUAAGGCACAUGAUGCUGAUACAGUGGCUCCCUUUGGUGACAUUUCCUAUACAGCAGUGGGAGACAAUGACACCCUCACUUACUUUGGCAUUACAAGCAAUGGUGGACUGGUUGCUCUGCGCUCACAGUGGGAGUACCCAGAUCGCCAAAAGACCAUCUUUUCGUAUCGAAUAAUAAUGAGGGAUGGCGGUGGCCUACAGAGCACAAGCACUGCCUCGGUGUCAGUAACUGUCAUUCGCAACACAGGUCCCAUCUUUACCAACACUGCUACCUAUGCGACAACAGUUCAGGAAACUACACCUAAUGGCACAACUGUCUUCCGCCCAAGCGUCCGUGAAACUGACACUGUCGCACCUUUCAACACUCUGCAAUGCCAGCUGAUAGGAGACGGAGCUACUUCUGCAUUUUUUUCUGUUGUGUCAAGCUCAUCCAGUCCAUGUGACAUCGUUCUACAUUCAAGCUUAGCUUUGGCCCAAGACACAGGCACCAGAUACAUUGCACGUGUCUUUGUCCGUGAUGGAGGCACUCCUCCUCUGUCAGACACAGCAACUGUUGUGAUCACUGUUCCACGCAACAACUUUGACCCAGAUUUCAUCAGUCGUGACCAAACAGUUCGAAUUCCAUACAACCAGGUGGCUGGUACAGUUGUUGCUAAUGUCACUGCCACAGAUAAUGAUGGCACGGGACCAGAAGCAACCUUAACAUAUGCUAUGAUUAGUGGCAACACAAACAAUAACCGAGAAUACUUCAAGGUCUAUCCUGACAAUGGCCAGGUGAUUUUAGUUGACAACACAAACCUGGCAAGCAUCGACCGCUUUGUGAUGUACAUCCGAGUUAGUGAUGAUGGACAGCCACAGCGUUCAAGUACAGGAACUGUCACUGUCAUUGUUGAUAAGGAUCCUGACCAACUGCGCUGUAACCAGGAGCCUUUUAGCUUCUCAGUGCCAGAGACCAGCAGUGUCAACUUCAAUCUUGGAACAGUCAUUGCAGGGCCUGGCACGAAUGUGGUGUACAUGAUGAUACCAUCGCCACCAGGCAGCAACUACUUUAAUGUCAGCAGCACUGGUGGUGUUUACAUCUCCAGCUCCCUUACCAGAGAGCCAGCAAGUCUGACAAGCUACACGAUAUUGGUGCGAGCCACUAGGUCAGCUGUUGCUGUAACAUCUGUCACCUGUACACUCAACAUCCAGGUGUAUAGAAAUGCCAACUCACCAGUGUUCCAGUUACCACCCAACCUUAACGACUACAGAUAUACUAUUCCAGACUCCACCAGUAUUGGAUCUGUUGUGGGAACCAUCUCAGCCUCAGAUGCUGAUGGGGAUACCGUGUCCUACUCCAUCAACAGCAGUAACCCAGUGACGUCUGCUUUCUACCUCCAUCCAAUAUUAGGCAGCAUAACACUUACUCAUUCUCUCAUUGGUGUCAACAUCAGCAGUUAUUCGCUGAUAGUACGAGCUAGUGACCAGCGAAGGCCAGAUGAGAGAACAGCUCAGGCUACAGUUUACAUCACCAUUCUGCAUGACCUGUACGAUCCCCAGUUUUCUCAAGAUAUGUAUACCUUUACAAAUAUCCGUGAAGACGCUGGGAGCAAUGCAGUCAUUGGUACUGUCACUGCCUCAGAUUCUGACCUCAAGGGCCAGCUUGUCUUCGAGAUUGUGGGAAGGAGCACAGGACCAGCCUUCUUUCAGCUUGCUAAUCCAGUGGCUAAUGGGAACAGUGCCACUUUAGGGGUGCUUGUGAAGGAUGCCUCUUACCUGCGUAGAGACCAAUCUGGAAAUUAUACGCUGGACCUGACUGUGUAUGAUUCUGCUUAUCCUGAUCGCAAAGACACCUGCACUGUUGUCAUUUCUAUGCUGCGCAACUUGAAUGCACCAAGCUUCAACAGCACCAAUUACAACGUACAGAUCUCUGAAUUGACUGCAGCAGGCUCAGUCAUCUUUACAGGAAUUGCAGCAACAGAUGCUGACGGAGACUCACUGCUUUUCUCGAUUUUGCCAAGCAUAAGAUCUGACUACUACUAUAUCAACCCCUUCUCUGGUCAUGUCAGUCUUAUCCACUCACUUCUGGGAACCAACUAUACCUCUGACUUGUUGAACAUUGAAGUGCGUGACCAGCGGCUUGUCGGUGAGAAGAGGAGUUCUGCCACGCUGACAGUUCAGAUUAUCAGAGUUUUCCCACCUGUCUUCACCAACCUGCCAGCAGCACAGACAGUCACACGAAGCGCACCUGCAGGCUCUCUUAUUUAUACUGUAUCUACCACCAGCCAAAACCCUCAGGGAGUCAUAAACUAUCAACUAGUGGGCAUCUAUCCAUCUCUGCUGUACUUCACUAUCAAUCGCAGCACUGGGGAGGUGCGCUUGAACUCAUCUCUCCUCCCUGACCCACUUUGCCUACAAAGUUAUGAGCUGGAAAUCAUUGCAUUCAACACAAACAAUCCAGACUUGCAGGCCACAUCGACCCUUACUGUCAGGGUCGAUCGCAACCCUAGUCCUCCCAUAUGCAAUCCAAACUCCAUUGAUAAAGUUCUUGCGUUAGAUGCAAACGUUGGUGAUAUUGUUGGUACAGUAUCUGCUACUGACCCAGAAGGUAAUCAGCCACGCUACAGAUUCCUGACCGCUGACCAAGAGGACUUGCGACACUUCCUGGUCACCCCAGACACUGGCAACAUCAUUCUGCUCCAGCCCUUAUCCACCCUUGGCCAGAGUACCGUCUUCACGUUUACAGUUGAAGCCAGUGAUCAGGCCUGCAUAUCACCAAAGAAUUGCACAACAACUGUGCGCUUCACCCUUGGUACAGACCAGCCUCCAGUGUUUUCGCAGACAUCCUAUUACUGGAGCAUCAAUGAAAGCGCCUUCCAACAGGCUUCUGUCUACAAUCUGGUCACAGCCAGGGACCCUGACUUACAGGGCCGAGUGUUUUAUGAAAUGACUGGUAAUCUGCAGGCGCCAAGCUACUUCGCAGUUAACAAUGCAACUGGCGUGAUCUCUAUCAUUCGCAACCUUACUGAUGAUGUUGCAGAGACCUACCAAAUUGGCAUUGUUGCCUAUGAUAGCCUGAGACCAGCCAGGCAUGCAAGUGCGACUGUCACAGUUUCAGUCCUGCGAAAUCCUAAUACUCCACGUGUGGAUGGCGGACUGGUCACAGUUGAAGAGCAGACUCCUCUUUCUAGUGUCAUCUUUAACAUGAGUGCAUCAGAUGCUGAUGGUGAUACCAUCCGCUAUGAUCUUCUGAAUUCAGAUGCAGGCCUGAAGUAUUUUUGGAUUACUCCUGAUACAGGACACAUACGUGUCUUGAGUUCUCUUACUCAGGAUCCCGAUCAACCAGAUAGCUACCAGCUGCUUGUUCGAGCUCGUGAUCAGAGAGUUCCAGAGAAGAGUGCAACAGCGACAGUGACUGUCAGAAUCCUACGAAACAACUUGCAUCCAUUCUUUGAGAGGAUUCCAUACAGCGUUGCCAUCCCUGAGACUACAACAGUUGGAAGUUUUGUUUACUCUGUGCAAGCCAGAGAUCUGGAUCUUAGGGGACAUAUUGUUUAUGAGGAAGUUGGGGACAAUGCAGCAGUGUAUUUCUUUCAUGUGAACACCAUUACUGGAAACAUUUCCUUGGCACAUCCUCUGACUACAGACACAGCAAUCUCUUUUACACUACGAGUGCAGGCAUACGACUCUCAGUAUCCCAACGACAGGGCUGAGGCAAUAGUUGACAUCACCAUUCUGAGGAAUGAAUAUCCACCAGAGUUCUACCCAUCUCCUAUCUAUAAGACCGUUGAGGAGACUCUGCCUAUAGGCAGCCUUGUCACUAUUGUUAAUGCUACUGAUAAAAACCCACAGGACAUAGUGAGGUACUCUGCUGUGCAAAAUACUGAUGCUCUGGCUCUCUUCUCUGUGGAUUCUGCUGGUGCCAUCCGUGUUCAGUCAAGCCUCUAUGGCCUCCCAAAGGAUCAAUACCAGCUGGUAGUUAUUGGAACAGACAGUGGAGUCCAACCCAAGACAGGAAGUGUAAAUGUCUUUAUCACCGUUAACCGUUACCCUGGUGCCCCAUCCAUUCUACCAAAUCCUUGUCAAGCACAGAUCACUGAGAACAUUCCUGUUGGUGCUCCUCUGCCAUUCACAUUCAGCAGCAGUGAUUCUAAGACUGCAGGUGUGGUACGUUAUCGGAUAUCUGGAGACUAUCCAGCGCAAUCCAUCUUUGCUGUCAAUAACGUAACAGGGGCUGUAACAACUUUACUUAAUCUACGCACCCAGACCCUAGGUGAUACAAGAUAUUAUCUUCGAGUCAUUGCCUAUGACACACUGAGACCUGACCAGCGACAAAGUUCUGUCCUUUGCACUAUUGAGGUCCUUCGCAAUCCAAACCAGCCUGUCUGGCAUUCUGGGCCAUACGUCAUAACCAUUUCCGAAAAUCAGCCUUACAUCAGCAGCAUACUCAACAUCAGUGCUACAGAUGCAGAUGCAGAUGAUGUUGUCUCCUAUAGAAUUGUGGAUGAACAAUACCAGCGAGACCUGAGUGCUGGACCAUCUCAGUACUUUUUGAUUGACACUAGCACUGGAAAUCUACAGCUUGCAAGAUCUGUUAAAACCAACAACAUCAACACAUUUGUGCUGUUGGUGGAAGCAUGUGACAGUGGUCGUCCUCAGAAGUGUGUGAACACAACUGUUACUGUCAAUAUCAACAGAAUCAUACCUCGACCAGUCUGUGCUUCAUCCAACUUUGCCAACACCAUCAACGAAAAUGCCAAGUCAGGCUCAACGGUGCUGCAGAUUAAUGCCCAAACUACAGGCACUUCUUCUGUGGGUCUGCAAUAUGAGCUCAUCUACCCCAAUGCUAUUGCCCUCAACAUUGACAAGAAUACUGGCAACAUAACCUUGGCUGAAGAUAUAAAAGAUGAUGCUGAGACCUUGAUCACAGUGCAAGUCAGGGUAUAUGACCCCAACACACCUGAAGGUGCAGUCAUUUGUACCGGCACUAUCUUUAUCCAGCGUAACCUCAACAGUCCUGUGUUUACAGAAGACAUUUAUAGAGUGACCAUCUCAGAGUACCACCCUCUGCUGGAGCCAGUACUGAACCUGACGGCUGUUGAUGCUGAUGGGGACCAGAUUGUGUACUCUCUUGUAACAUCAAACCAGCCAGAUAUUGACCCCAUCUUCUAUCUACAUCCAUUGUCUGGACGUCUCUACCUUCGCAGCUCUCUGAAUGGAUCUGCCAUCACUCUUUACAACAUGACUGUAUUUGCAACUGAUCAGCGACCAGGAACCUCAAGGAAUGAUUCUGCUCUAGUCUAUGUCACUGUUGACUUGGAUGAGUACCCCAUCUUCCAGCCGGCCUCUUACUCCCAGACUCUUCCAGAAUCCCAGACAGUUGGUAGUUCAGUCCAAAAGGUCUUUGCUGUUGACAAUGACCUUAAGGGGAGAAUUACUUACACUGCUCAAGGAUACUACCCUGCUGAUGCAUUUUUUACCGUCAAUGAGACAUCAGGUGUCAUCACCUUAACCAAAAGUCUGACCAGGGAUCCCGAUCUGCUACAGAGUUACAGAUUACAAGUGAUGGCCUGGGAUUCUGUAUACCCUUAUCGACGAGCAGCUACCAGUGUUUUAUUCACCAUUCCACGCAAUCCGAAUUCUCCUGUCUUCUCCUCUGGUGGCAGCUAUGUUGUCAGUGUGAAUGAGGGCGUGGCACUGGGCUAUGUUGUCACCAGAAUUCAGGCCACUGACAAUGAUGGUGACACCGUAAGAUUUAGAAUUGUCACAGAUCAGGACAAUGGAGCAGGUUUGUUUUUCCUGGAUUCACAGACUGGAAAUUUCAGCGUGCGCAGUCCACUAACUGGCAGACCAGUGGGCCAGAAUCAGUACAGGUUCACUGUAGAGGCAUCAGAUGGACGUGGCAACACUGCUAAUGCUCAGUUGACUGUGAAUAUCAUUUCUUCUACGCUGGAUCAGCCUCCCAGAUUUAGUGGGACGUACAAUACACCCAUCACAAUUUACCAGCCUGUGUCAUCAGCUGUACAGACUGUGGCAUGUACAGACCCUGACAUCCCUGCAGCACAGGUGCCUGCUCGAAUCCGCUACAGACUUAAGGACUAUGCGCCAGACAGCAGAUUUUUCAGUCUCAACAGUGAUACUGGAGUGAUUUCCCUUCAACAAUCUUUAAUAAAUGACACCGCCUACACACAAACAUACACACUUGUUAUUGAGUGCUAUGACAUCCAAAACCCAGGCCUGACUGCAGAGACAGUGGUUGCUAUACCUGUCAACCGCAACCCCAACUGUCCAGUCUUCAGGGGUGCCCCCUACAGAAUUAGCAUCAGUGAAGAUUUUGCUGUCAAUGCCUACAUUCUGCCUGUCAAUGCCACUGAUGCUGAUGGAGAUGUUAUCAGUUACUCCAUUGAUCAAAGUAAUGCCAACGGGGUUGCAGCUGCCAACUAUUUCUUCGUCAGUUCAUCCACAGGUGACAUCUAUGUCCGCAAGGAGCUGCAGUCAGCAUCCUCCCAAUAUGAUUUCACUGUCAUUGCCUUUGAUGACCGUAUCCCAAGAUGCCGUGCUUCGGCACAAGUCACUGUUAUCAUUGAUGAAGAUGUAGCUCCUCCAUACUGUCAGUCAAACCAACAGACUACCAUCCCAGAUACCACACCUGUCAACCUGACUCAGGUCUAUCGCUUCCAAGCCACUGACAAUAAUUUGCGGGGAACUCUCCAGUUCAUUGAUGUGAGAGACAGUCUUGCAAAAGCCUAUUUCUAUGUCCGCCCUGAUGGGGACGUUCGUGUGCUACAGCCUCUCACGUCUACAGCAAUAAGUAGAUUUGAGCUGGAGGCACCUGUAGUUGACACCUAUUUCCCUAAGAACUUUGGAUCUUGCAAGCUGACUAUAGUGGUUCAGCACAACAUCGGAAGACCUACCUUUGGGAGCUCAAGCUACUCCGCCACUGUUCCUGAGUAUGAGCCGCCUGGAGCUAUGAUUCUUGACCUUAAUGCAACUGAUGCUGACAAUGAUUCUUUCAACUGCCAUAUAUCUGGGGAUGCUGAAGAUCAGCAGUAUUUUACCAUUGAUAGCCAGGAAUGCAAAAUUUUUCUGAUCCAGUCACUUAGCCACACUCAGACACGGCAAUUCAUGUUCAAUGUUCUUGCUGUUGACAAUCGACUGGGAGUUUCCAACACUGGGCAGACAUCAGUCACUAUCAAUGUUACACCUGAUCAACCACCAAUUUUCCAGAAUCUGCCAAACCAGGUUCAGCGAGAUGAGGAGGACAAAGCUGGUAUAUUUAUCUUCCAGAUCAGUGCCAGAGAUCCAGACUUGAGGGGUAAACUGGUCUUCAGUGCAGUGGGACUUGAUGCUGCACCAAGCAUGUUUAGUGUCAAUGCCUCAGGAUACGUCACUGUGCGGAGUGAUCUCAGCCUUGACUACACUACACUUUACAGACUGGUCGUCACAGUGUAUGAUGAUGCUAUCCCUGAAGUUCGGGCAACUAGUACUUUGACUGUCAGUGUUGCCCGCAACCAGUUCCCUCCUCGUUUCACACAAAAUCCAUAUACGGCAACCAUCAACAGCCUCACGCAAGUGGGCAGUGUAGUGGCUACAGUUGUUGCCACAGAUGGUGAUAAUGAUCCAGUAACCUACAGAAUUACUGGUGGCAACUCUUCUGACUUCAUGAUAAAUUCCAUUAACGGUCAAAUCUAUCUUAUCCGGGCAAUUGAAAGCUCUGCUUCUAGCACUUUAACAUUACAAGUGCAAGCCACUGAUCGGCCAGUACAAGGUUUGAAUGACACAACAACUGUAAACUUUCAAGUCAGCAUGGCCAACACCAACCCUGUCUUUCUCAACAAUCCCCCUUACACAGUGCCUCAGAUUGCUGAAACAGUUCCUGUUGGAACUGUCGUUUUCAGUGGUGUCUCAGCCAGAGAUGCUGAUCUUCAGGGUAACAUAACCUGUGAUGUGAGUGGCAAGUACCCUGCUGACUAUUUCUUCACCAUUGACCCCAACACCUGUGUCAUCAGAAUUGCUCAUGACCUCCGAACUGAUCAGCAGUCAAAUUCCAACUAUGUGAUGAACAUUUUUGCGUACGACAGCAUGUUUCCAACACAGCGAGUCACAACCACAGUAACUUUGAAUGUGUUACACAAUCCUCAUGCCCCUGUUGUGAGCGGAACCUACCAAAAGAACAUCACAGAAGACUGGCCUUUUGGUGAUCCCAUCUUCAACCUUACAGGCACUGAUGCAGAUGGAGACACCCUGAGGUACACGCUGCUGAAAGAUGACAGUGCCAGUAGAGACGGUCUCAAUAUCUUCUACAUUCAACCGGACACAGGCCUUCUGUACCUCUGGCGCCCACUCACCAGUGCUCUGUCACAAAAUUAUCCUUUGACAGUGCGUGUGUCUGACUCAGGCCAACCAUCCAAGUACGUUGAUGUUCCAGUGACAAUCCAGAUCUCAAAAGCUGCAGCACCAACAUUCUCACCCUCAUCAGCUUCCAUAACAGUGGAGGAAAACCGCAAUGUCAAUGCUUCUGUUUAUAAUGUAACUGCCUCCAAGACACCACUGACUGGAACCAUGAAGUAUAAGCUGAGUGGAGAUGAAGCAGCCCCAUACUAUUUCCAAGUGAAUGAAAAUACAGGGGCCAUAACUUUGCGAACCAGUCUGCGCCAGGGACGGGAGAUGACGUACAGGCUGCUGGUGGAUGCUUAUGACAGUGGAUCCCCAAACAAAGUCGCCCAGUUCCUUUUGACAGUGAAUGUGAUCCGAAACCAGAAUUCUCCCCAGUUUGUUGCUGGCCCUUACACAGGCAUUGUUAACUCUGACACUCCACGUGGAUCUGUCAUCGUCAAUGUUACAGCCUUAGAUGGGGAUAAGGAUCUGCUAGUGUACUCUCUGACUGGCAGCCAAGAAUGUCAAAGGGAGUUCAUUAUUGACUCCCUGACAGGAAAGCUCAUGUACAUGGGCAGCCAGACUUCCACUACACAGUCUCAGUACACAUGUACCAUCAGUGUGACAGACAAUGGGUAUCCUACGCCAAAGACUGCCACCACCACUGCUGUUAUCACUGUGUCUCGAGAAAAUGCACCCAGCUUCAUUGACCCACCUCCUGUCACAGUCAAUGAGAAAGACCUUGUCAACACCACAGUGACAACAGUUUAUGCUACCAAGCCUAAUGUCAAGGGUCAGAUCAAAUAUGCAGUUACAGGAGACUACCCUGCCCAGACCUUCUUCUCAGUAGAUCCUGACACAGGUAGAGUGUCCAUCAUCAGAAACCUGACAGAGGACAGCCUUCAAACAGGAAUCUACACACUGAGGAUUGAGGCUUGUGACACAGCAUUUCCAAGCAUAUGUGGUCAGACAGUGCAGACAAUCAACGUUGUUCGCAAUGUGGCACCACCAGCUUUUGCUCCAGCAACCUUGCAGGUCCCAGAAACAACUGACCCCACCACCUGGUCCUUUGUUAUCAAUGCGAGUGAUCCAGAUAGUCAAAAGCUGUCUUGCUCCAUCACUGGCAACAGCAAGGCUCAGGAAUACUUCAAGAUUGACCCCAACACCUGCGUGGUCACUCUCAGAAAGAAUUUGACUCUUGAUCCAGAUAAGACACCCCAAUAUCUGAUUCAGGUAGCAGUGACAGAUAAUGGACAGCCCCCCAAGACCAGCUCUGGUACACUGACUGUAAAUGUACCCCGUGAUCUGUACAAACCUGUUAUGUCAAAUCUUCCUAGCUCCAUUAAUCUCAACGAGAAAGUUGCAGCUGGAACUGGGGUGUACACUGUCAGUGUUAGGGAUGGAGACCUCCAGGGGCAGCUUCAGUGUGAGAUGAGGGGAGACUAUCCGUCACCACUUUUCUUUGAAGUACGCCAAGCAAAUCAAUCAACUUGUCAGAUAAAUGUUAUUCGGUCACCGUCACUAGAUCCUGAUGGCCGGACACUGUACACUGUGCGUAUUAGAGCUUGUGACACUGCCUGGCCUAACAACUGUGCUGAGGAUACUUUGACCAUCACUGUGCCGCGCAAUGCCAAUAGCCCUGUGUUCACUUCCCGCAAUAUCGUUUAUACCAUAUCUGAUGCCUUCCCAUCAGGCAACAUUGUGGGCAAUCUUACUGCUACAGAUGCUGAUGGAGAUUCCCUGCGCUGUUUCCCAUUGAGCAUGGACUCUAAUGUGUCGCGCUCCUUCUAUGUAACCUCCAGCUGCUCUGUUUACUUGGUGCGAGAGUUACAACCCACUGACAACCUCUUUACCUUUGUGGUUCGAGUCACUGAUGACCGGAUCCCUAAUGCCAAGACUGAUGAUGCUCAGGUCACAGUCAGAGUGACACAUGUCAAAGCAUUCCCCGUCUUCCAGAACCUUCCCUUUAAAAUUGAACUUCUGCUUUCGCGACCAGUCACUAUGGUACCAGUUCUGCAAGUUCGUGCUACAGACCAAAACCUUCAGGGUGUAAUGACUUAUGAACUCACUCCCCUGGGUGGUUCAGGCUCUUAUUUCAAUUUGACCUCAUCUGGCGACCUUUUGCUCACCGAAUCCUUGACUACAGAUCCCAGCAAACCCAACACUUAUGUGAUGAUUGUAAAAGCCUAUGAUUCUGCCGUCCCAUCUGAAGUGGUCUCAGCACCUAUUGAGGUCACAAUUCGUCGUAACAAUGUUGCACCCCGUUUUGGACUUCCAUCAUACCCUGCAAGCAUUUAUGAUUUCUAUGAUCCCGGCACCUUUGUUGGAGCAGUUUUUGCCAGCGAUGAUGACCUACAGGAACCAGAAAAUAAAGUCAUUUACAGUCUGUCUGAUGCACGUAACCCUCAGAACUACUUCUCCAUUAACCCCUACACUGGCAAUGUUACCAUCAGUAGACGGGUGUCAGAAGAUCCAGCAAAGCCAAGCACCUAUACACUCUACAUCACAGCUGCAGACAUGAGUGCCAGUCCUUUGACAUCAACUGCAACAAUGGUAAUCAGUGUAACCCGCAACCAACCACCCUAUUUUGUUGGGAGCCAGACUUACAACUCGGCUGUUCCAGACAAAGCUGAGAUUGGUACAACCGUCAUCACUGUGUCUGCCAGAGACAACGAUGACUCUAGCACAGUUAAUGGGCAGAUUUCCUACAGUAUCCUUGACGACGGUGCUCGUAAGUUGUUCAGCAUCGAUGACAGUGGAAAUAUUUUCACUGUGCGCACUGUCAAUGAUAUCACACAGGCCACAUGGAAUUUUACUGUGGAGGCCAGAGACCAUGGUAUUCCUCCGCUUAGAGCCACUGUUCCAGUGACCCUCACCAUCACACCAGCUCAGGCAGUUCGCUUUGUACCAGCGCGCAUUGAACUGACUCUUCCUGAGAACCAGACUGUUGGCUCAUCAGUCACAAAGAUGUCUGCAGAGGAUCCACUCAGUCCACAGAAUCCGCAACUGGGCUAUGAGAUAGUAGGCGAUGGACUGGCUACCAGUUUCUUCAGGAUUGACAAUACCUCUGGUAGCAUUUUCCUGACCAAAGCAUUCACUGAAGACAAUAGUAUGUCCUCUGCAUAUGUGAUACGUGUGGCAUGCUACCGGCGGUCUGACCCCAACACUAAAGUGUAUGGUUUUGUUAAUGUUAAUGUCAUCCGCAACCCCACAGCACCUGCCUUUAUUGGAAGCUUUAUCUUCAACAUCACAGAAACUCAGAUGUUGGGUGAAGUAUUUGGCACUGCAUCAGCUACUGACCCAGACCCUGGGGAGGCUGGACGUGUAACCUACUCCCUUGUAGCUGCCGGAAGUCAGCCAGCCAGUGGACCACAGUUUUUCUACAUUGAUCCAACCAGUGGCCAGCUAAGUGUCAAGCAGUCCCUCCUUAAUGAGCGAAGUGUUGUCUUGUACAGACUAGAGAUUCAAGCAAAAGACAACGGAGUUCCUGCUAGAAUAGGACAAGUAUAUGCCACUGUCAACGUGAGACGAAAUCCUAGUAUUCCCAUGUUUGAUAACAGCUCUUACACCCAAACCAUUCCAGAAGACUUUGCUGUGGCUAGAAGUAUCCUGAGAGUGAGGGCUACAGACAGAGAUGGGGACCCUGUCUCUUACUCUAUUGUGAACGAUGUCAAUGAUGCCCAGUAUUUCAACAUUGGUUCGGAUGGUGUCAUAUCACUGAAGCUGCCAAUUUUAAGUUAUGUCAAUCCAUACUAUGUGUUCCGAGUGGAGGCCUCUGAUAAUCGCCAGCCUCCAGGAACGUCCCAGGCUUUGGUGACAGUGAACAUCCUGCGCAAUCAAUAUGCACCUAUCUUCUCCAAAGCUCAAGACAACCUGACCAUCUCUGAGUAUGAGCUGGUCAGCAAGUUCAUCUACCGUGUGUCAGCCACUGAUGGUGACAGCUCAAGUAGUCCAAGUGGUCAGCUGGAGUACUCAAUUGAGAGUGUCACAAACUUGCAGCCAAAGGGCAUUUUUGACACAGACUUUUUUGUCAUCAGCCGCACAACAGGCGACAUUUAUCUUGCGCGUGACCUUCGAACUGACAGAGCUCCUGAUGCCCUCCUGCUGAAGGUCAAAGCACAAGACAAGUCAGCAACACCACAGUCUAGUACAGCAGAGAUCCGCAUCAACAUCAAGCGAAAUGAGUAUGCUCCAGAGUUUGUGCAAAAGUCCUAUAGCAUUACUGAUGACAAAGGUGUCUUACCAGGUGUCACCCUGCUGACUGUCUCUGCUGUUGACAAGGACAUAAACAAUCCCCUCAAUGCACAAACCCCUAAUGCCCAGUUCACCUAUUCUUUGGUUGACCCUGAAUCAAGUGGUGCCAUAUAUUUCCAAGUGGAUAGCCAAGGCAACAUCUACAAGCGCUCCAAUAACUUCGGCUCUCAGUCUGGCACCGUUUCAUUCCAGUUCACUGUCCGAGCAACAGAUAACAGCUGGAAACCAAAGUCAGACACUGCUAAUGUCACUGUUGUGAUCACCAUUCAGUCCCUCACUGAGGGUACUCUUGGCUUUGACAGACCAGAUUAUGUAUUUUCAUUUCCAGAAAAUGGUAAUCGUUCUGAAAAGAUGGACCUGUAUGUUCAGAACCAAGGGGACAGACCUGUGCAGUGCAGGAUCACUUCAAACUCUCCUUCUGCCUCUUUUUUUACCAUUGGGUACCCUUCUGGGAAAAAGAACUGUUAUGUGCAGCCACUUUUCAACCUGGAUCGUGAGCAGAACUCAUCAUAUACUCUUACUGUGGAAGUCGUUUUUGAGCGCACAAAACGUCAGGCAUCUACAAGCAACACUAAUGCCACAAAGUACAUUUUUAAUGUGUGGCCCCAGACUACAGUACAUAUCAGUGUCCUUGACGUCAAUGACAAUACCCCGGAGUGGGUGUACCCUCUGUAUCCCAAGAACACCACGACUCCUCCUACUGGGACGUUAAAUACAUUUUAUGCAUCUGUGCCAGUGACAGCCAAGCCUAACACUCCAGUUAUCCAAGUCUUGGCCACAGACAAAGAUCUAGCUGAAAAUGGGACAGUUGAGUAUGUGCUGGUUGGCAAAGACAAAUUUGAAAUCGAUCUCAAUGAUGGUAAAGUCUACACCACAGAGGACUUCACCUUGAAUAUGAAUGCUGCAAGAUCCUACGAGCUGUCUCUUGAAGCUCGUGACCGGGGAACACCUGUUCGCUAUGCUCUUUCAACACUGUGUGUGGUGGUUAGUGAUGAAUUCAACCGCUUUGUGAUGCCAAUCAACAUACUGAGUCGACAACAAGCACUGCAGCUUGAGGAAAUAAUCCGAAGAUCACUGCAGAGGGAAACUGGUAACGUCAUUCUGAUUGAGAGCAUGGAGGGCAAACGAAUUCAGCAAACUUCAGGAGAAGUGGUUGCCCAGCAAGAAUCGACUGAUGUGGUGUUUGUAGCCCUUGUUCCUGGUAAAUGUGAACUUCUCAAUUCAUCGUCACCAGAGGCCCAAGAAAGCAUCUUGUCAGAAGCUGUGUCAACCCGCAUUGGCACAGUAUUAGGCAGUGUCAUACAACGGCAAGUUGAUCCCAUCCGUUUGCCCUACCCGGCAGCUGUGAUUUACCGCAACAUGAAAUACAAGUCCUACAUCUGGUGGAUGGAUGAUCCAUGGGCAGCCCUGGUGGCCUUGGCAGCCAUCAUCAUCCUUCUGUGCAUUGUGGGUAUCAUCGUUAUCAUCUUCACCCACUCAAGGUAUAUGAAGUUUAUCAGUCAAUAUCGAGCAUAUCAGAGUUCAUAUGAGAACCCUGAUUUUGUGGAACCACCUAGCUUCCUUCGGGAAUAUGAGACUCAGAGUCUGAACAUGUACGUACCACCUGAUGAGGCCAUUCAGAGUUAUGGUGAAGUGGGCUUGCAUCUCCAUGGUGAUGGCCUAGUGGAUGUCCAGCACACAUCUCAUGAUCCUGGGGUGGUGGCUGCUGUCAACCCAGUGUACCAAACUGAUCAAGGGGCGCAGACUCUAGUACCACCGGCCAGGGCAGGUUAUUCUGCUGAGAGCACAACUAUGUUGUGAUCUGCCCUUGAUCCCAUGCCUUGCCAUGUGCCAGAAUGCCAUCAGUUGCUUCUCUCCUCUUCAUCAUAUUAUCCUUAAGCCCUUACCUGCCUCUUCUCUUCUCAGUGCUUACCAAUCUGUGGGUAUGGAACUAUUUUUGCCUCGCUGAGUGUGAAAUGCCAGUGUGCCAAGAACUUUUUUAGUGUCAGCAUACAUGGCCUGCAGGCUUGCUCUUCGCUGUCAAGAUUACGGUCUGCUCCAUGGACCCACAGUGUAAAGCUCCUAUGAUCUGUCUGUACUCUGGAGGAGACACUGUUUUUGAAAUAACAUUUUCCUUCAAUUUUCUAGAAAAUGUAGAAGGUGCUAUUUUCUUGUUUACCUAUUUGGAGAAAGAAGCUUUAAUCUGUGCAAAAAUAUUUUGACAUUUAUUCUGAUAGUUUAUGUCCUUUGAAAAUCUCUAUAUCCCUUUUCCUCAGCCGGACUCCUCUGUUUUCUGUAAGAAUAGUUGAAAUGUCUCGUGUAUUUCUAGCAUGUGCUUGACUGACAAAACUUUUCAGACUUCUUAAAAUUUUAUAUGUGACCAAUUUUGUGAGCAAAAUAAAGAGUCUAUUUCUGUA